GUAACGUUCAAACGACAGUUGAAUAAAACGGUGAAAGAGUGUGAAAGAGUGUGAAAGAGAGAAAGACAGGGAGAGACAAUCGAGCGCGUUACAUCGAUACGCGCCGCUUAGCGACCGCGUCGAAGAGUUUGCAUCGGCGGAUCCGCGCGCAAAAUGUCGAGAAUCACGCUCGAUUUAUUACGAAAGCGUUCGGAGCACAACGAGGGCGAGAUUUCAACGCUCGAGGAGAUCGCGUUGCAUCAAGAAAACAUCGAGAAGAUCGAACUGAUCGACCGAACGUGCAGGCAUUUGAAAAUUCUCUUGCUUCAGAACAAUCUGAUAUCGAAGAUCGAGAAUCUGAGCAAGUUGAAAAGGUUAGAGUACUUGAAUUUAGCGCUGAACAACAUAGAGACGAUCGAAAAUUUGCAAGGGCUCGAGAGCUUGAAAAAGUUGGAUCUAACGGUGAACUUUAUCGGUGACCUUCGUGGCAUCAAAACGUUAAGGUACAUUUAUUAUACAUAUUCGUUAUACAUACAGAGCCGUUCAAUCGAACGAAAUUGUUACGUUAAUCGUUACGCGUGGAACCAUUGUCACAGGUACAACGAACGCUUGGAGCAGCUGUUCUUGGUGGGAAAUCCGUGCGCGGAUUACGAAGGGUACAGGGAAUACGCGAUCGCGGCUCUAACGCGAUUGAAGGAGCUAGACGGCACGCCGAUCGACAGAUCCGAACGGAUAAGAGCGUUGCAACGUUACGCCGAGAUCGAAGGGGAGAUCGUACGAAGUUGCGCGAGAUACAAGAAAAUACGGGAAGCGGAAUUACUCGAUUAUCACGAACAAACUGCCAAGUCACGAGCAGAUCGAAAAGUCGUGGACGGGGAGGAACAUCGCCACGAGGAAGAGAAGAAGGAGCGAGCGGAAAAGCAAGUAAACGAGGAGGAGGAGGAGGAGGAAGAGGAGGAUGAAUCGUUUUGGAAUCGAACCAGUCGUCACACGCCGGAGGAACGCGUCGCCAUUGCGGAACGGUUUAUGCGAAAAGAAAAACGAAGAAACCGGGAGAAAGAUCGGAGCGUCGAGCCGCGUACUACCUACAGGUUGAAGCUGUUCGAUCCGCAGGGUAAACCGUACAAUGUGAAUCAGCCGAAGGUGCCGUUUAAAUUGAACGAGGAGCAGUACAGCGACCGCAUCGUCUUGGAGGUGGCUCUGUACAAAUAUUUAGACACUUGCCACGUUGACGUGGACGUGCAUCCUGAGUACGUGAGCGUCACGAUCAAGGGAAAGGUACUGCAGCUGACCCUGCCAUGCGAAGUAUCGGUGAAGGAUAGCACGGCUCGAAGAAACACGACGAACGGCAGAUUAGUGGUAACGAUGCCGCGCUUGAAUCCGUUACCUACGAUUCUCCCUUUGUACAAACAGGCGAUCAAAGAGGAACCCGACCGACGUAGAACGGCGAUCGUCGAACGGCGAUCGACGACAAGCGUACGCGAGUACUUGGAGAUAGGUCCGUCGCGAGCGAGCGACUUGGACUUUUCGAGAAUCGCCGCUGAGCCGAUGGUCGACGGGCAAAAGGAAAAUCGUUGGAAGCCGAGUGACGAAAAAGUUUGCAGCGACGACGAUUCGGAAGUACCGCCGCUCGAAUGAAACCCACUUCUCGUGUUAGACGGC